UAACAGCCUACACGUAGAUAAGUGAGCGAGAGCGCGGAGCGGAGAAGCGCCUGGCAGACCGGAGCUCAGCGCGAGGCAGCCAAACCGCUGUCUGUCAUUAGCUGAGAGCGUGACAGAGGAGAGAGACAGAGAGAGAGACAGAGAGAGAGAGACAGAGAGACAGAGAGAGAGAGAGAGAGAGAGAGAGAGGAGGAGUGAACGGUCCCGGUUCUAACAGUCACUCCGGCCUGAGGAGAGAAGAAGAAGAGACCACCGGACCCCGAAAGAGAGAGAGAGAGAGAGAGAGAGAGAGAGAGAGAGAGAGAGAGAGAGAGAGAGAGAGAGAGAGUGAGAGAGAGAGAGGGUGGGAGACUGACAGGCGUUACAGAAAGUAGAUGAACCGAAGCGUCGACAUGAGCGGUCAGUUUGAGGAAGAUAUCCACGACCGGGGCGAGAGGAAGAGCAGUAAAUCCCCGACGCUGCUCUCCUCUUACUGCAUAGACAGCAUUCUGGGCCGCAGGAGUCCUUGUAAGGUCAGACUGAUAGGGGCGCAAAGUUUGACUGGUCUGCCCGGCAGAGGGGAGCUCGACAAGACGGCUGACAGGCCAACGAAGGACACCCUUUCUCUCAGCACUGACAUGCACCUGCCACCCAAGCUCCGCCGGCUGUACGGAGCCGGGGGGAAGUACCUCCACGACCACGCAGAGACGCUGGACAGGGAGCGGCUCCUUCUGGAGCAAGCCAGCGACAGCCUCAAAAUCAGCCAGGCGCCGCCGGUGAGCAUCAGUCGCAGCAAGUCCUACCGGGAGAACGCGUCGCUAAGCCGCGGAGAGGGCGACCAGAGCCCCGGGGAGGGCUCGGAGGACGGCAGCCUGGGACUGGUCGAGCUCGACCCGUUGAAAUUCGAGGAGGACGCAGGGAAGGAGGAGGAGAGCUGCGGGGACGCUGCCGCUCUGUCCCCGAAGGACGAGGAGAGAGAGAGCUUGAACGCCGGGGAUGGGGACGUGAGGGACGGGGAGGACAGCGUGUGUCUGUCGGCGGGCAGUGACUCGGAGGAAGGGAUGCUGAAACGGAAGCAGAGAAGAUACAGGACUACCUUCACCAGUUACCAGCUGGAGGAGCUGGAGAGGGCUUUCCAGAAGACACACUACCCAGACGUCUUCACCAGAGAAGAGCUGGCAAUGCGUCUGGAUCUUACCGAGGCCCGUGUUCAAGUGUGGUUUCAGAACCGCAGGGCCAAGUGGAGGAAGCGCGAGAAGGCCGGGGUGCAGGCCCACCCGUCAGGCCUGCCGUUCCCCGGCCCCCUGGCAGCGGGCCACCCUCUCAGUCACUACCUGGAGGGGGGGCACUUCCCUCCUCACCACCAUCCUGCCCUUGAGUCUGCCUGGACAGCUGCUGCAGCUGCAGCCGCUGCCUUCCCGGGCCUGGCCCCACCACCCCACAACGGCGCUGCUCCACCAUUGGCCACCCCACUCGGCCUGGGCACUUUCCUGGGCACGGCUGCCAUGUUUCGCCACCCUGCCUUCAUUGGACCCACUUUUGGCAGACUCUUCUCCAGUAUGGGUCCCCUGUCCAGUGCUUCCACCGCUGCAGCUCUCCUCCGUCAGCCCGCCCCUCCUGUAGAGAACCCCUCCCACGCGGGCUCCAUCCUCCCUGACCCUUCCUCCUCUUCCUCCGUCCCUUCUUCCGCAGCCGCAGCAGACCGCAGGGCCUCCAGUAUUGCCGCGCUGCGCCUCAAGGCCAAGGAACACUCGGCUCAGCUUACCCAGCUUAACAUCCUGCCCAGCGGAGCCGCAGGGAAGGAGGUGUGCUGAACACUCAACACCAGCUCUAGGCCUCCCUGUCCCGGGCUUACUUCCCAUUCCAUGACACCCCCGUUCCCCUCCAAAAACCCAUUCAUACCUCUGGAGGAUGAUGUCCUGAUGUCCCCUUGUUCAACCAUCACUGUUACAUCAUGUUUCCCCAACAAAAUAGCACGACCAAAUUCAAAAGAGCACUGGCUAAAAAAAAAAAAAAAAAAGAUUUUGUGUGUGUGUGUGUGUGUGUGUGUGUCUGGUAAUUACAUCUAUUGUAACAUUGUUUUACACUCCAUACACACACCUUUCUGAAUGACAGUCCAGUAACUUAAAUACUAUCCAAGUUUUUCACUAUAAUGCAAUAUUUUACGACACAGCAUGUCUAUAGCUUUUUAAGAUGCUGUGUUAUGUGCAGACACAACAAAAUACACAGUGCCAGUGGAUGAAUGUAACAAAGUACAAUUAUUAAAAGUACUGUACUUAAGUACAAGUUUGAGGUAGCUGUACUUUAGUAUUUCCAUUUGAAUACUUUAUACUUCACUACAUUUUAGAUGAAAAGAUUGUACUUUUUACUCUACACUAUAUUUAGGAUUUUACAUACAAAACAAAAAUAAGAACUAUAUUGGACUACCCAACAGUGUGUGAAAAAAAGUUGAUUUAUUUGACUAACUUCAACUGUGACAUCCUACUUAAACAUUAACGCAUUAGUUAUAAUAAUUCAGUAAUAUCAUACAUAGCAGUAUCACCCACAGGGGCCAUUUUUCUGCAUUGAGUACUUUUACUUUUGAUACUUGAAGUACUUCUUGCUUAUCAAGUAACAGGACUUUUACUUGUAACAGAGUAUGGUUUGGCUAGUUCUACUUAAGUAUAGGAUCUGUCAUGACACACGCAUGCACGCACACACACACACACACACACACACACACACACACACACACACACACACACACACACA